GAUUUGUACAUGGCUUCUGGGACUCGGCGGAAAGCGAAUGAUGAUUCACAAAGCUCUUCUGAAGGAUCUUCCAGCACAACACCACAAUUUAUUCCACAAGUACCGUUCGACUUCAACCUAGGAUCUAUCAACGAGGAAGUUGAUGAUUCUAAUGGACUCACUGGAAUAGCAAGCGUGCCGAAGGACAUUCUGACUCCGCUCAGAGAUCACUACUCUCUCGCAGAGGUUGCCCGUCGUCAUGGAAUUUCAGCUGAUAGACCAACGGAAAUUGAAGCCGCGUUUUUCCCAGAAGUCCAAAUGUCAAGAUCUUUUUCUGAUGUAUUUCUCAUGAUUAGAAACACGACUUUGAGUAUCUGGCUAGCCAGUGCCACCACAGAAUGUACGGCCGAAGAUGUGAUUAAGCAUUUAACUCCUCCAUACAAUACUGAGAUCCAUUUAGUCCAAAACAUUGUGUUAUUUCUGUCAAGAUUUGGAAUGAUCAAUAUUGGGUUUUUCUUUCCGAAAACAGAACUGGUCAACAACAUGGAGAAGAAGUUUGUCGUCGUCAUUGGCGCUGGAGCCGCUGGAAUCGCCGCAGCUACUCAACUGCUUACCUUUGGUUUUGAUGUAGCCGUUGUUGAAGCAUCUGGUUUAACGGGAGGUCGUGUUCGGUCGCUGAUUUCCAAACAUGGCGAGUUGAUUGAAACUGGAUGUGACUCAUUGAGAAACCUUGACGAGUCAGUUAUUACUACUCUUCUUCAUCAAGUUCCAUUAAACGAAAAUAUAAUGUCUGAAAACACAAUUGUUUUUUCUAAAGGAAAAUAUGUACCCGUUGCUCGUUGUCACGUUAUUAACGGGUUGUAUGCUAACUUGAAAGCUGGUCUUGCCCACGCAUCUCAUGGUCCGGAGCAACGUGGUGAAAAUGGAUUGUACAUUUCCAGACAGCAAGCUUACGAAAACUAUUUCAACAUGAUCGAACGGAGCACAUUGUUAAGUUACUACAACUUUGCCAAAGAAAAAGUCAAUUUAAACGCCGAAAGAAAACAUUUGUACGAAGUUCUUAAAACCAAUCGAUUGACUGCUCUGUUAGCAGAACAAAAACUCAAAAACACACCGCCAAGUGAUGAGUUGUUACUGAAAUCGUUGCAAAUAGAUAUCGAAAAAGCUAUUAGGCAAUUUGAUGAAGCUUGUGAACGUUUUGAAAUUUGUGAAGAAAGAAUAGCGGAUCUGGAAAAAAAUCCACGGUGUAAACAAUCCAUGCAUCCAAAUGAUUUCAUUCAUUACAAUUUUCUACUUGGCUUUGAGGAACGUCUAUUCGGUGCACAGCUUGAAAAAGUUCAGUUUUCGUGCAACGUGAACGAGUUGAAACUGAAAAGCCAAGUUGCUCGAGUUCAAGAAGGACUUGCCCAAGUAUUGAUCAAUGUUGCAAAUGAACGCAAGGUUAAGAUUCAUCACAACCAGCGAGUUAUAGAGAUUGAUACGGGCUCCAGCGACGCGGUUAUUCUGAAGUUACGAAAACCUGAUGGAUCAGUCGGUAUUUUGAAUGCGGACUACGUAGUGUCAACUCUUCCAAUUGGAGUUUUGAAAAAAACUAUCAUCGGAGACGAGCGAGCACCAGUCUUUCGGCCACCGCUUCCCAAAUCAAAAUUUGCUGCAAUCAGAUCACUCGGAAACGGACUGAUCAACAAAAUUGUAUUUGUGUUUGAAACGCGAUUUUGGCCAGAGUCAAUUAACCAGUUUGCUAUAGUUCCCGACAAAAUAUCUGAACGAGCCGCUAUGUUCACGUGGUCUUCAUUACCCGAGUCCAGAACUCUCACUACUCACUAUGUCGGAGAGAAUCGGUUUCACGAUACUCCCGUCACGGAACUUAUCACCAAAGCGUUGGAAAUGCUGAAGACGGUUUUCAAAGAUUGUCCUAGUCCUAUUGAUGCAUACGUCACCAACUGGCACACCGACGAAUUAGCAUUUGGCACAGGAACUUUCAUGUCUUUGAGAACCGAACCCCAACACUUUGACGCCUUGAAAGAACCGCUGAAAACACGAGAUGGAAAACCGCGGGUAUUUUUUGCUGGUGAGCACACUAGCGCAUUGGAACAUGGAACAUUGGAUGGUGCAUUCAAUUCGGGUCUUCGCGCUGCCGCUGACUUGGCGAACACUUGUAUCGAAAUUCCAUUUAUCAACCGUUCAAGGGAUCUCAUUUUUCCACCGUAUCCACGGGCACGCUACAGCAACGAGGGUGAUUAAUUAAGGCAUUCACUUGUGAAAAAUAUUGUACAACACUUUUACUGGUAAAAACUCACCAGUUGUCAUAUAAUGAUCUCAAUAGUUGUUUAAUAAUUAUUUUUAAGUUGUCGUAUUGUUGUUUUUAAUAUUCCGGUUUAAGUAAUAUUGGUAUAGGUUUUUAAAUUGAAAUUAAUAAAUUGACUGUUUG